CGGUGCGGGCUCUGGGCCGGAUGUAGACUUAGUCUGAGCACUUCUGGUCCAAGCUGGGCAGGGGUCUCACGUCUGCAUUCAUGGCGUCCCCUACCAAGGCAGUGAUUGUUCCUGGGAACGGAGGCGGGGAUGUGGCCACCCACGGCUGGUACGGCUGGGUGAGAAAGGGGCUGGAGCAGAUUCCUGGUUUCCAGUGUUUGGCUAAAAACAUGCCUGACCCAAUUACCGCUCGAGAGAGCAUCUGGCUGCCCUUCAUGGAGACAGAACUGCACUGUGAUGAGAAGACCAUCAUCAUAGGCCACAGUUCCGGGGCCAUCGCAGCCAUGAGGUAUGCAGAGACACAUCAGGUAUACGCUCUCGUAUUGGUGUCUGCAUACACAUCAGACUUGGGAGAUGAAAAUGAGCGUGCAAGUGGGUACUUCAGCCGCCCCUGGCAGUGGGAGAAGAUCAAGGCCAACUGCCCUCACAUUGUACAGUUUGGCUCUACUGAUGACCCCUUCCUUCCAUGGAAGGAACAACAAGAAGUGGCAGAUAGGCUGGACGCCAAACUGUACAAAUUCACUGACCGUGGUCACUUUCAGAACACAGAGUUCCAUGAACUGAUUAGAGUGGUGAAGUCUAUGCUGACUCCUGCUCUGUAACACACCAGGAUGGGGUAGAAUAGUAACAGCCACUACCCUCACACAGCUUAGACAUGGGACGUCCGUCCAGUUAGGCUACAAAAGUGUCUGAGCAACAAACCCAUUUGAACACUCACACUGAGUUACUAGCACUUCCAGUUCCCACAGAGCUUAAAUCUCCCCGAAAAGCUACUAGCUACAGCAGUAUGUUUCCUGUUUGAUAAGAGACAGGUUUUUUAUUUUUAGCUAUCCUGUUGAUGCAGAGAGAGUUAAGUCAGAAGAAUCCAGAACUUGACAUAGACCUGGUUGUGUGUCCCUGUAAUCAUUUCAGAAAAAGCAGGGGAUCAGGAGGGGAAGGCUAUCUUGACCCUGUCUCAGAAAGGGUGAGCAAGAUGACCCAGGUCUCCUGAAGCUCAUUCCAAAUUAUAACUCACUAUGUUUAGCAAGAUGUGUUCCACUUCUGAGACCCCAGUACUUGGAAAGGUGAGGAAGGUAGAUCUUGAGUUUGAGGCCUUGUCUAGGCUAAGUCAAACCCUGUCUCAAAACAACAAAAACAGGUUUUCA